GAGCAGUCCAACAAAAUGAAAUUUCUGACAAUUGUAGUUAUUUUUGUGGCCUCAUUGUCCCUGGCAAUGGCUCAAUUUGGACUAUUUGGUGAAGUCAUUCGUGAUCUAGAAGGUGGCUUCCAACAGCAACAACAGCAACAACAAAGUGGUGGUGGCCAACAGCAGCAGCAACAGGAGGAAGGUGUUGUUUUUCGUGGUCCUUUUGGCGGUAGCGUUGAGUUCUUUGACGGACAACAACAAGAACAGCAAGGCGGUGGCUUUGGCGGUCAACAACAGCAACAGCAACAGCAAGGAGGCUUUGGAUUCUUCAGAUGAAUCGCAUGAUGGAAAAUUGGGUUUGGAAGUAAAUUCAUGGCCAUAAAUCUAGUCGUAAAAAAUGUAAUACUUCUGAAAAUAAAGAAAUGAAAGUUCC